AUGGACGACAAGCACAUUGGAAGCGUUAUUUCAGCAGAAACGAAAGACGGUAGUGUUUAUCAAGGAAAAUUGACAACGUUGGACACUCAUAAUGGAAAUAUCACCAUGGCGAAUGUUAUCAAAAAUGGACUGCCGCUUCAUCGCUGUGCUACACUAUCAACAUCCGACAUCUCCAGCUUAAAAGUUAUUCGUGGAGCAACGCAAACGGCUUCUCCAGUUAAACCAUCUCCGUCGUCGAAUUCUGUGCCUCAAAAGAAACAACGACCAUCGAAAAAAUCGGAAGAUUUGCCGGUCUCGUCAACAUCAGUGACAUCAUCUUCUGUCUCAUCGCUUCCAGCCUCGAAUAAGUGUCAGUUAUUGCAAUCAAAACCCAGAGUAAAGUCCCCAAAAAAAACAUGUCUAGAGAAACUCUUUGAGCAACACUCGAUGGAAUCUCAAACAGGAUCGAAGAGAAAUCACCGUCUUUCGCCAAAAAGAAACGGCUUCACUCAUAUGACAGAAGAAAUUUCUGAAACUCCACUGUUCAAAAGUUUCGAGCCGCAAGUUCCGAAUCCCAAAGUUUUGAGUGCUAUCAUGCCAAAUGGGGGAAAAUGUUCCAAGAAACAAGGUCCAUCUGGUAAUCCCGUACUCGACGCAUUGAAUCAUUACAAAGGAAUCGGUCGUCGCGGCAAAAACGAUCUUUCGGAACCCAUUGACUUUGACUUGGAGUCGGAUUUCGAUUUUGCUGAAAACUUGAAACUGUUUGAAAAAGAUCAAGACGACGACGAGUACUAUGAAAACGUCGAGAAGUUGAAAGUUUCUCAAAACUUUGCUCAUUAUGAAAAUAUCAUUGAUGAUGAGAACCGUGUUACUUCGUGGACCAAUUUGAAAGCUCGUUCCGGUCUUGUUAAAUCAGGAACACCACAGAAGUCACUUAAAACGAAUUUUCAAGUCACUGGCGUCAGCUUUGAGAAAUCGAUGAAUGGAGAUCCGAUUCCUGCAAUCAGUCAUAACGAAAAGAAGGAAUAUUUGAACGAAUGCAAAGGAUCGCUCGGCGAAGCUGUUUUCGACACAGUCGUGGCUGAUCGCGCAUUCCAAUGGAUUUCGGAAGUUCAGAUGUCUCAUGGAGAUUCUCACGGAACUAUCGUCCUACUCGCAUCUGCGUCUAACUCUGUCCGUUUCAUUCGACGUCUUCUGACUCAUUUCGAAAAGAGGCGAUAUAAUUGUCAUCUGUUCGGAAAAUAUCCUGGAGAGCACUUCGAGCAUGUCAGCGUUGUUGGCGAUGUUAAACAAUUGCCCAGAGAAGUUCCGAUCAUCUGCAUUCUCUCACCUGAAGUAAAUGAUGACGUUGAAUGCUGGCUUCGUGCUCAGAGCAACGGGAUAUCGUCGCAUUAUGUGUGCAUCGAAAGUGUUCCAGCCAUGUUAGAGCCAUCUCGUUGCCAUCUUCUUCAAUUUGGUUGCGCCACAAAUGGUCUCCGUCAUGUCGAAAGAAAAGUGCCGGCUGUGACACGAGGAGGAAUCACGUUUGAGAAAUUAUGUCAGGGAAAGUUGCAUGAAGAGACGAGUUCGGUCAUCAUUGACAGCGCUAUCGCAGAUAUUGGCUCUCCAUCCAAUUGGUUCGAUGAGAUGUCUGCAAGAUUCAUCGCAACUGCUUUCGCAACGAGUUUUCUCAUCAGACUUUCUCAUUCCACAUAG